AAAGUUGAAAUAUAUAUAUAUUUCGUUAACGACAGAGAAUACGAAACUAAACAAUUAUUAUUUUCGUCAGAAGGUGAACAUGGCGUGCACACAGCGUGUGUUGUCUCGCUGUGGUCUUCGUACACUUUUUAGCAGACUUAGUUUGGAAAAGCAAAUCUGUGUGCCAACAGCAAAUGCUGCAUUGAAAAUAUUGCCUGUACAAACCCAGUCUUUACAUACCACAUCAGUAAACCAUGGAUUCAAGUGGGAUAAUUACAACACUAUUGUUUAUCCACCAACAAAACCUGGAGAGGAAGAACGGCCUGCUGAAAUAAAUCACUCUCGAGAAAAUAUUAAAUACAGUCCAUUAAAGAUGUGGUACAUUGCUUGUAUGAUCCGAGGAAUGUCCAUCGAUGAAGCCCUGAAACAGUUGUCAUUUUAUAAGAGAAAAGGCUCUGCUGUUGUGAAAGAGGUUCUUUUAGAAGCUCAGGAAAUGGCCAUCCUUCAGCAUGGAGUUGAAUUCAAAUCUAAUUUAUGGAUAGCUGACGCCCUAGCUACAAAAGGUGUAGUUGUGAAAGGUUUGCGGAAACACAGAGGCCCCCGAUAUGGUGUAGUACAUUACAAAUAUUGCAAUAUUUACAUACGCUUAAGGGAAGGCUCACCACCAAAACACUACUACCCGGUAGAGGAAACAGGAUACGAGAAACUACAAAAUUACCUGACUGAACAGAGAAAACGCAAAAUCAUAUUUUCUCUUUAAAUAUUUAAAAUAGUAGCUAUCAAAUUAUUUUCAACCAAAAUAUGGACACAUUUUUUUGAAUUGUAUUUGUUUCACUGCCUAAAUAUAACUAUAUUAAUGAAA